UGAAGGUUAUGUUUACAACUCGUCAAACAUCAACAACAACAAAACGCUUUCCACGAUGGAAAUGAACGUGGAAACGGCAGUUCGUGUGUGUCCCAUACAGUGUAAUAAUGGAGAUAUAAUUUGUGUACAACCAAACGUUUACAAUAACACCGUGCAGUUGGGAAACUCACAAAAUUAUCCCGUAAAUUACGCAUUGCCUAUAGACUGUAGCCAAAAUUUCAUUUUUACAUCGUUGGUUUCACCACAUCUCAAUUAUCUUUUUGAAGGAUGCGAUGUAUCAAUCGUUACAGUUGGACAAAGCGGAACGGGAAAAUCCUACACUCUCCUUGGGCCAGGAUUAAACUUUGCAUCAAGCGAAAGUGAAUAUGGAAUCAUCCCUCGUUUUCUACGAGGAGUAUUCUCAAAAAUAUCCUUAUAUCGAGAAAGAAGUUGCUCGGUGCAUAUAACAUGGUCGCAAAUUUGUGGUGAAAACGUCCAGGAUUUAUUGGUUGGUGGAAGUGUUGAAUGUAGUAGCGUAAGUGAAGCUUUUCAAUUGAUACAGCUGGGUAUGAGUAAUUUAGCACCAAGGUGUGCUCACUCUUUACUUACAAUUACAUUAGAACAACAAUGGGUUGUUGAUACAACUGUUCAACAUCGCGUUUCAACAGCUAGUUUUGUUGAUUUAGCAGGAAGUGAUAAAAUAUUAGUUUUAGAUAACAAUGGGAUGACUCAAAGCAUUCCAACGGAUUCUGGAUUGUUAGCACUUCAACAAUGUAUUAUAUCAUUAACAGAAACGUAUAAUUCCAUUCAUAAUGUACCUUACAGUCAGUCAGUUCUUUCAAUGUUAUUAAAGGAUUCAUUUGGAGGAAGAGCUAAAACUUUAUUAAUUUGUUGUAUUUCACCAUUGAUGCGUGAUAUAUCAGAAACUUAUUAUACAAUGCAAUUUGCAAUGAGAGCCCAAAUGGUUAAAAAUAUAGUAACAGUUAAUUCGUAUACAACUCAAGAACUCCCAGCUGAAAAUUUGGACGUUUUUGGUUUACAAUUUGCGGCAAAUCAACUUUUUAAAUUAGUUUCAAAUGCUGAAGAAUUAUUUCAAAAGUUAGUUACAAAUGGAUCUUUACCGAGAAAUGAUGUGGAACAAAUUUCACAUUGGUUAACAUUAAAACAAGAAUGUGAAGAGUGUUUAAGUGAAACAUCAGAACCUCAUCGUUCUUUAGAACGUAUUGAAGAAGAAAUUGAGGAUAGUUAUGAUACUAGUUCAGAGAGUGAAAAUUUAGAAAUCGAGGAAAUCACAGAGAAAUUGCAAGUUUUAAUGGAAAAUUUUAAAUUUAAAACUGAUAAUUUAGUUGCUAAAAAUUCUAAUUUAUCUGAUUCUUUAAAAAAAUCAAAUAUUAAAUCCAUUAAUAGCUCAACAAACAGUGAGUAUCAUUCGAAAGGGGCCCGAGGGAGAAGAAAUUCAAUACAUUCUGUUGAGGAAUUGUCACCAUCUUUAACAAAUACACCCAAAAUCCAAAUUGAUUUUGAUGAUGAUAAAAUUAUAACCCAAGAAAUGAAACAAAAAAUUUUAAAACAAAUUUCAAUGAAUUUAGAAGCUUGUGAAAAACAAAUUGGAGAAUUAGAGCACACAAUUCGUGUUAAAGAGAAAUUAUUACAACAAUUACAAAAACAUAAAGAUACCAAAUCGAAUGCUCGAGAAAGAAUCGAACAGAAAUGUGAAGAUUUAAAAGAAAUGCUUCAAAGCGCCCAAGUUAAAUUGUCAGAAGCAAAUGUAAAAAAUGAUCAUUACUUAGAAGCCAAAUAUCGUUUAGAAGUUUCCGAAUUAGAAAAAAAAAUUAAAGAUGCAAAAUCAGUUAAAACUAUUGCUGAAGAUGGUAAUCGAAAAGUGAUGGAAUUAGAAAAUAGUUUGCAUACAUCAAGAAAACAAUUAGAUAAACUUCGAAAAUGUAGAAAAGAACAUGAACAAAAACGCGAAUCAGUUGAAUUACAAUCAAUUGAAAACAAAAUAAAUAUGUUAUCUGAAAUAAGUGAACAAGAAAAAAGUUCUUCAUCUGAAGAAGAAGAAACUCAAAAACUUCCAGAAGAAAAAUUAGAAUUACUCCGACAUGAAAUAAGAAAUUUAAGAAAAACUCGUGAUCUUUUAUUAGAACAGCGCUGUAAAAUCGACACGAAAAUUGUUGAUACAAUACAAGAAAGAAAAAUGUUUCAAUACGAAGAAGCAAUCGAGGCUAUUGAUUUAGCCAUAGAGUACAAAAAUGAAUUAAUGUGCGGAAGAUCAUUAAAAAAAUUCAUAACAAACUCAAAAGAAGAAGUGGAUAAAAUGUUAAUGGAACGUCUAACAAAAUUAAACGAACACGAAAUGCGCGCUUUAUUACACAAAUAUUUCGAUAAAGUCGUUGAUUUACGAAGUAGCAGUAAAAAACUUGAACUUCAAGUAAUUUAUAUGGAUACGCAAAUUGAAAAUUUAAUGAGCCGCGUUCAAAGUUUAAGUGAUAAUUUAAGGCAGGUUCGAUUAGAAUCCGAACGAAGAAUUGUUUCACUUCAACAACAACAUGAAGAUAAUUUACAUAUUGUUAUGCGACAUUUAGCUAAUGAAGGCGAAAACGGACGGGUUGUUUCUAAGAUUUUGGAUCGUUCAAAUCACGCUGCAAUUGCGAUGCAAGUCGCUCGUGGUGGUAAACAACAUGUCGAUCGGAGAAGUUUGAUUACUAAAUAUACAAGCUUCGCUCGUCGAGAAACUUUACCAAGACAAUCUCAAGCUGCGGCGCAAGCUACACCGCAAACUAAAGUUACUAGACAGAAAAAUAAAUUGAUUAUUGAACAAAGUAAUAAGUAAAAGAAAUAUUACGAUGAAUCGUAAUAAUGUGGGAGGUGAGUCAUAAAUAUUUGUGUAAAAAUAUUAUGUAGAGCUAUAUUUAUGAAGAAAUUAAUGAAAAAUAAGCCAGUGUGGCUAUUUCGUGUUUAUUUAAACACGUUUUGAAAAUUAAUCAAUUUUUAUUUAUGUCUAAUUUUCUUUCAAUCCAAUACAAUGAGAAUUGAAUAACGCUGGACUCGCCCAUUUUUUAAAUCAGCAAAUUAAUUAUUAAAAAAAAAUUAAACAAAUUUUAUUUACAACAUUUUUUCUUAUUAUCAACGAUCAAUAUUCAAUAUGAUUACAAAACUACAUCAAAUUUUUAAUUAUUAUGUACUGAACAUGUAAAAAUUUGGUAUUAUUUGAGAAAAAAUCAUUAGCACUAGGUUUAUGGGAACUAAGAAAUUAUUUACGGUACAUUAAAACCAGAUUAAAUUUCCUUUAAACUGCUCGUUAUUUCAUCUUGAUAGCUCAAUUGGUUUUUGAGAUACGAUUUUUUAAAUUUCUGUAAUAUUCAAUAUUCUAGCAAAUUGCGUGAGAUCUCCGUUGCCUCAAUAUAAACUUCUUUUAAAAAAAUUGAAACUAUCAUUUAAUAAUUUCCAUAUUAUCUUUGAGUUAAUCUGCAUUAAUGAAAUUAAACAUUAUAUCUAAAUUCGCUUCAUUUGUUCAUUAAAAAAUUUAUUGAAUGAAUCGUUGAUUGCUUGUUUUUGAAACGAAUCCCGCUUCAGUGGUGAACCUAGCAAUGGUAUUUUGGAUACCAUAAAUAAGAAGACAAUGACCACAGGUCUCUCUCUCUCUCUCCCCACCUUGAUAUUACUUGAACAUGUCUUAUACCUAACAUAUUGUACAUUAUACAACUUAUGAUUUGUCUACUUUUAUGGUCAAGUUCGGCACUUUCAGAUUUUAUCUCUUUUAAACAACUAUAAUUAAAAUUGUUCCCUAUAGGAGUACCUACGGGUUUAUAGUCAUGCAUAUUGAAUCUUUUGAGUACAUUUUCUAGAUAACUUCGUUGACACAAAGUGAUAAUGGGCGCGUUCACCAACUGUCAACGUUUUCAAACGGAGACCAAACUGUUAUCAGUUAUCAACAUUUCUGGUGAACGCAACGCUAACUUCAAACGUGUUUGGUAAACGGCCACCAUUUUAUCAAUCGUAUGAUUUUUCCGUUAGCAGAUGCAAACGGUGUUUGGUGUUUGUGUCAUCUUAAAUUUAAAAUCAACAAAAAAGAAUGGCAGAAGCCCAAAAUUAUUUAUUUAAUGGGUUAGUGUAUACUAUCUUUGAAAAUGAAGAAAUUCAUGAUAAAUUGAGCGGUAUGAUCUAUAAAUUAAUUAAAAUUGUAAAUAAUUGUCAUUAAAGCGCCAUCUGUUGUUAUCAAACCAUAUGUCUAUAGAAAAAUUGGCCGUUCACCAAAUCACCAACGCAAUCGUAACCCGUUUGCGUUUGAUAACGUAAACGGAAUUCUCUGGUGAACGCGCCCACUGCCUUUAUUUACGUCUUGUGUGAUUCAUAUAUUUUGUUGCCAUAACGAAGCACCGUUAUGGCCAUAUACAGCUUUCUUUAAUUUACACACUUUGUGUUUGACUUCAUAAUUUUUUGGCAGAUAUAUCUUUUUCUAUAGAUCUUCGAACAAUUCAUCAAUGGUAUCUUAUACUAACCAAUUAUUUAACACACUAAUUGCUAAUAAGACUCUAAUUGUAUUUAAUUUUACAACAGGUGCAUAAAUCUUUUCAGGUACCCCUUACUGUUGAAAUCCUCUUGCAACAAGUGUGCAUUUAAAUUCUGUAACAUUGCGGUUCUCAUCACGUUUUCUCCACUAUGUCCCAGUGUUAUUUUGUUUUGAUAUAAUGCUUUUACCGCACAUUGUGUUGCACUCAUUAACAUUGUUAAUUCUCAUUGCAUCUUCAUAUGUUAAGGGUUCAUCCAAAUUAACGCUAUAAUAGUUCUCUUCGUUCUUCUUUUUUUUUGACCUCGUAUUCUUUUUCCUUGUAAUUUUCUUCGACAUCUAACUUUAUAACUUGGUCAUUUUCUGGUUGAUUUUCAUUUUCUGGUACAAACGUGAUCUCUUUUUCUAUUAUCACCAAAGUUCUAUCAGAAAAAUAGACUCUAUAUCCAUAUUUGCCGCUUUCACAAAAAUCUUCUUUUCCAUUUUCUUUUCAGCUAACAUUGUGCUGAGGAAGGCUACCUUCCUGAUUGUGCAGACCUCCCUUUUUGCUUCCCAAUUUUGUUUUGGAGUGUACGGCACUGUCAGCUGAUGUGCAAUUCCAUCACCUUUCAACAAAUUUGUAACCAAUUCAUUUACAAACUAUGUACCGUUACCACUUCUAACUAUCUUAACGACCUUUCCCAUUUGUGUUUUUACCUUAAUUAUGAAAACCUUUAAUUAUUUAUACAUUUUCGGUUUUAUUCUUUAUACAAUACAGCGUAUCCCGUAUCUUCCGCAUCAGAU